CCGCCUUACCCUGGCACAGCAGCACUCCUUCCACUCUCCAACCACUCACAGAAACAAACCAACAGCCGACUUGAUCAGAAACCAGGCACUGCAAGAACUAGACGAGAAGAAGAACUGACUUGACUCACUUGAAGGCUGUAAACAGACUGCCGCUUCAGUACAAACGAACCUACACUCAGAGAACCAACGAGCAAAUCGGACCAUUCCAGCCCUAAAUCGAUUGAUUGUCCAUAGAAAUAACUCACUCCCCUCGAUUCUUGUCACCCCUCAGUCCAACUUUCAUUCCUUCCUUCCCAACUUCAAACCCUCACUUCACUUCAAACUCAACUCAACUCAAACCAACCCAACCCAACCCACCCAUCACUCCUCAAGCUCAACCACUCACUCCAACAAUCAACAACGCCCCCACACAUCCCAAGAAGAGACGAUGACGAUGCCCUCCUCAGCUGCCUCAUCUCCAUCUCUUCAACCUGGCUUCUCCUCGGGUAACAGCACUUCUCCAACCUCCCCAGAGGAUCAACCCGAUCCUCUUGCCGAUCUCCGUCUCUUGUUGCAAUUCGUCGCUCGUGCGUUCUAUGAAGUUCGUCACAUCCUGCUCUUUGAUCAACUGAUUCGGAAAGAGGCCAUGAAAGAUGAGGAGCUUUCUGCUCGUCUCGGAAUGACACCAAAAGAUUUGGCCAAAGCUGCUAAUCCGCUCAUACGGGACCAACUGGUCUCAACCUAUAUGCGUGCUGAGCAGAAGCCCGGAGCAUAUAAAGCUACUCAGCGAACUUACUACUUCAUCGAUUACAAACACUGUGUCGAUGUGAUCAAGUGGCGAAUGUGGAAGAUGAACAAAGUGCUGGACGACAAACAACGAAACGUCAUUGAUGGCCAGGGAUAUGUAUGUCCACGGUGCAAAAAAACUUAUUCAACCCUCGAUAUUUCAGGCCUUUCGAUGACAGCCACUAGUUUCCUAUGUGAGAUCUGCGGAACCCCUCUGAACGAUAACGAAAAUGAUAUCGAGGUACAGAAGAACAAGGAUCGGAUGCAACGUCUUAACUCACAGACGAUGACCAUCAAAAAGAAUCUACAAAAAGCCGACCAGAUCGUUAUACCACCUUUUGAUAUCGCAAAAUGGGUUGCUGUGAACGUCCCCUUGGAAAACCAGGUCGAUUCAUCCGAUGGUCUUGCUGUGGCCACUGGUGGCGCCAAGGAAGCGGCUGUCACAGUUCAACUGGCGGAAGAAGGAGAUCUAGAAGCCAAGAAGCGACUAAAAGAACAGCAAGCCGAAGCCAAGCGCCAAGCCAAUGCUCUACCGGUAUGGAUUGCGCAGAGUACGGUCAGUGGGGAACUGACAAGAGCAGGAAUGAAAGACGGCCCGAUGAUGUCAAACGUCCAACAAUCCAGCGGAGUCUCUUUCCACGACCCUUCCGCCGUCGUCCAAUCUCAAUCGUCUGAAAACCAGAUAGACGACAUCGAUUACGAUGCCUAUUUCGCCAAGCUACAGACCCAGACCGGCUCGACGGCCUGCUCCUCAACGGGCUCGAACGACUCGAAGCGCUCGCCAGCCGAUAGCAGUGCCGGCUCCCUGCCUUCACCCACCCACUCUCGAGACUCACCUAUCGCCGCCGGUCUCAAGCGACCCCGUGCAGCAGACCAGUCUAACUCCUACUACGGAUCUCACUCCCACAAUGAGCGUGCUAGCAAGAAAUCAAGACCCGGAAUGCCUCUGAUCGGGGCCGAUAGGACACCCCCUGAGCACCCACCAAGUGUCGAUGUCAGGAUGGUGAUGGUUGCUGGGAAACCGAUACCCUUGCUUGAAGUGACUGACGAUCAUGAGCAGCUGAUGUCUUCAGAAGAAUAUACUCAGUAUGCCCAGUUGGUUCUUCAAGAUGAAUAAUCUGGAAAACACACAAAAAGUCAUGGACAUUUCAUCUCUGGAAGUUCUUUUCUCCCCUUUCUCCCUUCGUAUCUCGCACUCUUGCUCCUUUUGCCCUUUCGAUUGUUUUGGUUACUUGAAAAAGAGAGAAUAACUAAAAGAAACCAAAAAAAAUGGCACUUUGAUCUCAAGAAAGUGAUGUUUUCUUUUUUCUUUUUCCUUAUUAUAUCAUUAUUCUUAUUUUACGUUUAUCCUUUCCACCUCGUUAUUGUGGGUGUGUUAUGUCUCAUAUAACCACUACUAACUAUCUCCUACUUAGUACUAGUAGUAUCUUCCUUCUCUCAAAAACCCACCAUUUCCUUUUUUUUGUACAGAUUAUUAACACUAUUCUUACCUCUUUUUUUUCUUCUUCUUCUCUUUCCGCUUUGCUGCUCUUCCCCCUCCUCUUUUUUUUUGUCAUGAUGAAUUCAACUAACCAAAAGAAAUAAGAAAAAAUCUAUUACAUAAUCAAGAAAAAAAAACAAUUCAAAAAUCUCAAUUAUCC